CACGAGGGAGGGAUAAGCCUCCGUCGACAUCGCCUCAUUAGACAAAAUUCUUGGACAUGUCGUCCGCUACGAUCGAAGCUUCUGUCCCGAAGUCCCUCACGUCGACGCUGGCGGCCAAGCCUGACGAGCGCAAGGUGUCCAAGACCUUGAAGACGUUCGGCGGUAUGGCCGGUGGUUUCGUCGAAGCGUGCACGUUGCAACCUUUGGACACGGUCAAGACGCGCCUCCAGCUGUCUGGCACCAAGGAUGGCGCGAUCCAAGUGGCCCGCAAAAUUGUCACCGAAGAAGGCGCGUCUGCCUUGUACAAGGGUUUGACCCCGUUCGUGCUGCACUUGGUGAUCAAGUACUCGUUGCGUUUCUCGACCAACGAGUUCUACCGGGGGUUGUUAGCCGACAAAGAAGGCAAGGUCACUCCUGUGCGGGGAUUCCUCGCGGGUGCGGGUGCCGGCAUCACCGAAGCCAUCUUCAUCGUGACGCCGUUCGAAGUCGUCAAGACGCGCCUCCAACAACAAAAGGGCUCGACCAACUUGAAGUACCACGGCCCUGUCCACGCCGCGCAGACGAUCUUCCGCGAAGAAGGCGCGGCGGCGCUUUGGAAGGGCUGCGUGCCCACCAUGACCCGGCAAGGGCUGAACCAGUGCUUCUUGUUCGGAUCGUACGACUUGCUCAAGAAAGCUAUGUGGGGCCUCAGUCGCGACGACAAGAUCUCGUCGUACCAGGCUCUGUUCACCGGCAUGGUGGCGGGUAUGCUGGGUCCUGUGUUCAACACCCCCGUGGACGUGGCUAAGACGCGGCUCAUGGCGCAAGCCAACAAGGUCGGCGAAGUCGGCAAGUACACGGGCAUGGUUCAGUGCAUCCGGACAGUCGCCAAGGAGGAAGGCGUCGGCGCGCUGUACCGAGGUCUCGUGCCGCGCAUGGCGCGCGUGGCCCCAGGCCAGGGAAUCACGUUCGCCGUCAUGGAAACGGUGUGCAAAACGUUUGCGUAAUUCGUCGACCAAUUCCAAGACGCAACAUAUUUGUAUAGUAUGGCAAUUAUUAACGAUUCGACUUGAGAACGAUUACGAUUUGAUGCAGUUUCGAAUAAUAUGACUGGCUCGUUCGUUCUUCCUGCCUGGCUGGCUGGCUGGCUGUCGACGAGUCUCCACUGUCG